GUGGCUUGGGACAUGCUCAUUUUGACAUUGUUUCUCCUCCUUUUUUCUUUUUUUCUUUUCUUUUUAGUCUGUACCUUUGUGGAUUUAGUUUGUAAAAAUGAGUAGUUUAUCUGUCAUUGAAGCUAAACUUGAAGCCGAAUCAAAAUCUUUCCAACAAUUACAGAAAGAACUUACUCAAGUAAUUGAGAAUAGACAACGUUUAGAAGCACAACAACAAGAAAAUGAACUUGUCAAUACUGAAUUCGAACAUUUAGAUGAUGAUAGCAACAUCUACAAACUUAUUGGGCCUGUUUUAGUGAAACAGGAUAAAGCAGAAGCUGCUACCAAUGUCAAGAACAGAUUAAAUUUAAUUUCUAGUGAAAUUAAACGUGUUGAAACACAAUUAAAUGAAUUGACUAAAAAAACAGAAACAAAGAAACAAGAAAUUGCCCAAUUACAAAUGCAAUAUCAGCAAUUAGUAGCAGCAGCAAAGAAAUAAAUUAUUUUUUUGACAUAUUUUUUACAGCCAAGAUAUCAGUAACAUUAAAUAUAACAAUAGGAUCUUCUUCCUCUUCUUCUUCUUCUUCUUCAAUAUCCUCUUCAUCAUCAUCAUUUUUCUUUUGAUUUAUAUCAAAUUUACCACCUUUUGUAGAAUCUCUUUUAAAU